AUGCUAAGGCGGCCAUUAGUAGUGCCCCACUUGGACGAAUCGGGCUGGCUUGUCCAAGAGAGGAAAGUGAUAGAUUUUAGGGGAUCGGUCUCAAUGCAUCUGGGGAAUAUGCCUACGUUGAAGUUGUUCCAGAUUCUCAACCCAGUCAAGAGAUGUGAUCUUCUAGUAUGUUGCAAAGAAGAAAUUCAGGGGAUAUUGAACUAUUUGGUGGUGUGGAAGCCGGAUUGGGCAGCGUCCAAGGAUCUCCUAAGGAGACUGGGAUGGAGCAUGAUUGCAUCAGCAAUGAUGGGGACCAAUUCUAUGGAAGUGCCGAAUAUUAACUGCUCCAAAAUGAAUAUCCUUUUGUGGAAUUGUAGGGGUGCCCUGAACGGGGACUUCACGAGAAGGGUUUUUGAAAUGGCAGUCAACCACUUUUCGACCAUAAUGAUUAUCACUAAAACAAGAGUGGGCGGCGAUAGGGCUACCAAGAUUAUUGAGGGUCUUCCUUUCGAUGGAUUCUUUGUCACUGAAACCAUUGGAUAUGUGGGAGGACUUUGGCUACUCUGGAAAAAAGAGGAGGUAGAAGUGUUUGUCCUGGCUACCACAGAACAAGAGAUCCAUGCUACUAUUAAGGUAUGCAAUUCUGACUUUACUUGGCUUAUUUCUUCUGUUUAUGCAAGUCCUCGCCUUGCUGAAAGAAAAAUUUUAUGGGCUAAUUUGUCCCAAGUUGCUCUCUUACAUAAUCUUCCCUGGUUACUUCUUUGUGACUUUAAUGAAAUUCUGUGCAGAAAUGAUAAACUGGGGGGUAGGCAAAUCAAUCUUAAUAGAGCAUUAGAAUUUAAAUCCUGUCUGGAUGAUUGUAACUUCCUGGACCUUGGUUUUUCUGGACCAAAGUUCACUUGGUCUAAUCGUCGGCAAAUUUCUGAUCUUAUUUUAGAGCGCAUUGAUAGAUGCUUUGCGAACCCUGCUUGGAGAACUCUAUAUCCCGAAGCCUCAGUGACCCAUUUGCCUAGGGUAUUUUCCGAUCACUGCCCUGUUCUACUAGAGUUAUCUAGGCCUCCUCCCACGGCAACUGAUAAACCUUUUAGGUUUCACACCAUGUGGAUGCACCAUCCAGAUUUCCCAAAUGUGGUUAGGAAAACUUGGGAGCUUGGGCUUGACCUUCAUACAGCUAUUAAGAGUUUUGCGGUUAAUGCUAAACAAUGGAACAGAUCGGUUUUUGGGAAUAUCUUUGCCCGGAAGAAAAGGGUUUUAGCCAGGAUAAAUGGGGCCCAAAAAGCCCUUUCCAAUGGCCCUAGUCAUUUCUUGAUUCAGCUAGAAAAGAGUCUCAUCGAUGAGUAUAACUCAAUAAUGCAACAAGAGGAGGAAUUCUGGGCCUUAAAAUCUCGUCUUAAUUGGGCUGUGUAUGGUGAUUCCAACACUUCAUUUUUUCAUGUCUCCACGCUGGUCAGGAGGCAUAGGAACAAGAUUAGAAUGUUAAAAAAUUAUGUUGGGGAAUGGAUUACUAAUGAAGAGGAAGUUAAAGAGUACAUCCUUUCGGGCUUUAAAGAGAUUUUCCAAACGGAGCUUUUAUUCUCCCCCGCUGAUCCAGUGGCCCUAUUUUCCAGUUGCAGCUUCCUUUCUGAGGAAGAGAGAUCCAUAUUGGCUGGCCCUGUUUUGGAGGAUGAAAUUAGACAUGGCCUUUGGGCCUUAAAGCCAUUUAAAGCUCCUGGACUAGACGGAUUACAUGCGGGGUUUUUCCAAUAUUUUUGGAAUGAUGUUAAAAAUUCUGUAUGUAUGAAAGUUUCAAAUAUUUUUGAUUCAAGGGUGAUUCCUGAUUUUCUUAAUGAAACCUUGAUUUCACUUAUCCCUAAGUGCACCAGCCCGGAAAGUUUGGGUAAUUUUAGACCGAUUAGUCUAUGCAACACCAUCUAUAAGGUGGUCACAAAAAUCAUUGUUGGCCGCAUUAGACCCUUUUUGGAUAAACUUAUUUCGCCAAAUCAGACUGCCUUUGUUCCGGGAAGAAGGGGUUUGGACAAUGUUGUUGUUGCACAAGAACUUAUUCACUCUUUAGAUAAAAAGAAGGGUAGAGUGGGCUUCAUGGCCAUUAAGGUGGAUCUUGUGAAGGCUUAUGACCGUCUUGAGUGGUCAUUCAUCCGAAAAAUCCUCCAAGCCUUUUGUUUUCCUCAUGAGUUGAUUAAGUUGAUUAUGAGUUGUGUGUCAACCACGACCAUCUCUAUUCUCAUUAAUGGAGGUAAAUCAAGCACCUUCAAGCCCACUAGAGGGAUACGUCAAGGUGAUCCCCUUUCUCCAUAUCUAUUCAUCCUUUGCAUGGAGUAUCUUGGAUUUCUCAUCAAUGAAAGUUGUAGGUUGAAAAAUUGGACACCACAGAAAGCUUCUAGGCAAAAUGUGGGUGUUUCACACCUUUUCUUUGCAGACAACCUUAUGCUAUUUGCCAAAGCUGAUAAGGAAGGUGCUGAAUCCAUUAAGAAGGUGUUGAAUAUCUUUUGCAAGGAAUCUAGGCAGCUGGUUAGUGCCGAAAAAUCCUGCAUUUAUUUCUCGCCUAAUGUCUCCCCAAACAUUAGAGAGGAUAUCUGUGGUGUUCUUGAUAUUGCUGAAACCUCAAAUAUUGGAAAAUACUUAGGCUUCCCCCUAAAUCACAAAGGUGCAGCCCGGAAUAGAUACAAUUUUGUUGUGGAAAGGGUUAUCUCUAAGCUUUCGGGGUGGAAAUCUAAAUUCCUAUCCUUCGCUGGAAGAACGGUUCUUGUCAAAUUUGUCAUGGCUGCAAUCCCAAGUUAUGUUAUGCAGGGGGCUGCUUUGCCGAGUCAUGUUUGUGAAAAACUUGAUAAAGUCAAUAGAGAUUUCUUGUGGGGUUCAUCUACAGAGAAGAGAAAGCUCCACCUUGUUGGAUGGAGCAAAAUAAUUAGGCCCAAGGAUGAGGGGGGGCUCGGCAUCCAGGCAACAAGGGCCAAAAACAUUGCCUUACUAGCCAAGCUCAAUUGGAGGCUCUAUCACAACCAAGAUUCCUUGUGGGCAAAAGUCUUAUUAAGUAAAUAUUGCUCCCAGCAUCGCCGGGAUUCUUUGAAUUCGGAGAAGCUUCCUUGCUCUUCUAAUUGGGCUGCAAUCAAAGUGGGGUUUCCUAUAUUUAAGCAAGGUAUUUGCUGGAAUGUGGGAAACAAGUCGAAGCUGAGUUUUUGGGAAAGUAAUUGGGUGAAGGGUAAUACUAUGAGAGAAUUAAUUGAGGGCCCUCUUCCCCAACAUGAGGAGUCUUUUACUAUUUCGGAUAUUCAUCAAAGUGGGCAUUGGAACUUUGGAAAAAUUUCUUUUGCUCUUCCUAAGGUGGUCAUUGAUAGAAUUCAAGCCAUUCCUAUUCAAUCAUUUGGUGAGAGGGAGGAUACUUUAAUGUGGAAAUUUUCAGCUGAUGGAGAAUUCAGUAUGGACUCAGCCUACCGUUUAACUAUUUCAGAUCAACCUAAACCUCUAUCCUUUUCUGGCUACUGGGUUUGGGGUGUGGAUACUUUGCCAAAAAUAAGGCAUUUUCUGUGGUUGUGCAACCAUGCUAGCAUACCUACUAGGCAAGUGAUUAAACAUAGGGGAAUUGAUUGCUCUGCUCUCUGCCCCUUAUGCAAUGUGCAAAAGGAGUCGAUCAUACAUACACUUAGAGACUGCCCAUUUGCGAGGAAAUUUUGGUUAUCCAUUGGAGUGCCUCAAGUUCUUACUGAUUUUCUUAGUCUUGAUUUGCUGGUUUGGCUUAGAAUUAACUGCUUGUGCAGCAGAAACAUUCAAGCUAAAGGUCUUCCUUGGUGCUUCAUCUUUCCUUUUGCGGCUUGGUGGUUAUGGAAACAUAGAAAUAGGGUUGUUUUUGAGAACUGUCCAGCCAACCCAAAGCUUUAUUUGUCUUGUAUCCAGGCUGUGAGAGAAUAUUUUUACUGUGUAAGCAAAACUCAAAAGUCCAAGCAUAAUACUGCUAUUCAAGUGCGCUGGUUCAAUCCACCUAUUGGCUGGUUUAAGCUAAAUUCUGAUGGGGCUGCACUUGGAAACCCGGGCAAGGCGGGUGGGGGAGGUCUAAUUCGUGAUUAUCAAGGGAAAUGGGUUAAAGGGUACAUGAGGCAUAUCGGUUUUGCUUCUAGUAUCAUAGCAAAAUUUUGGGCGUUGAAGGAUGGGUUGCUGCUUGCUUCCCAACUUGGCAUCUCUAAGCUUCUUGUGGAGUUGGAUGCUCAAAUUGUGGUCAACUUGCUUCACUCUUCCAGACCUUGCAAUAACUCUUUUUCUUCUCUGCUUAAUGAUUGCAGAUACCUCCUUCGCCAAUUCCAGCAAGUCAGGGUCAACCAUGUCUUUCGGGAAGCGAAUAGAUGUGCGGAUUUUCUUGCUAAAGGUGGCUGCACCCUUGAUGGGAAUUGUGUUGUUUUGGACACUCCUAUUUCAGAAGAUCUUUGUAUUAUUUUAAAUUCUGAUGCUCUUGGAAUGUACUCCUUAAGGCUUGUAGCCAACACUUCGCCUUUUAUGGCUAGUUAA